GGUGGUGAUGAGCAGCGAUGCGGGGCAUGGGUUGAAUGUAGAGAGUUGAUGACCAUCGACAUAAUGCCAUUUCCCCCCGACCCCCACCACCAAGAAAAUGCAAGUGAACCCGGUUUUUUACGUCGUCAUUACUUCUCUCAUAAAUCAAUGUCCAUUAUAUACUAUCAAGCCGAGGCAAUAAGCGUGUUGGAAUAG